AUGAGCUCGGGCCUUUCCACACCCUUAUCGCAAGCUUCGACGCUCAUAGGCUCGACCGAACUCAAGGACAUGCUACAAGCGGACACCUCGGAGACCUUUAUCUCGUCUUCCGUGAUCCUUGAGUACUAUGCAAGCAAAGCCAGCUCUGCUAUUUUCCUCUACGACCUCGCCCGCGAGUUGGGCUUUGGCCCGACCGCAAAAGGUCUGCACCAAUCAUCCGAAAACAACACUUAUGCAGUCACAUUCGACGUUCAGAGUCGUGCAGGUGCUGGUCUCACCCUUCUUGGGAGGCUAUCAGAGGGCACCAGCUCUGAGGCGGCUAGAGCCUUGACAGCCUUUACAGGGCCUCUUGGACUCGCACAAAUGUCGCCGAAUCUCUCACUAUUCCCAAAACCGACAUCGUCCUCCCGGGUUAUCCUCCAGGUGCCGGCAGCCUCCCACAUAGGAUCCGACCUCACUCUGUCGCCAACACUCUCGAGCUUGAAUCCCUUUUUUGGAUCGGUCCCAGAAAGCUUUGCCGUGCUUCUGUCUGCCACACCGCAGGAAAUUGCCGACUUUACUGCGAUCUCCUAUACGAUUUCGCAGUCUCACGUCGUUCACAUCUUUGACCACUGGAGCGCUGGAAGGGAGCUCUCGAGGAAGCACACAAAGUCUCUAACUCCCUCCAACCCCGUCUUUGACACCCACACCGCUUUCAGGAAAGCCGGUUACGACUUCUUCGAAUACGUGGGAGAUGCAGCCGCAACAAACGUGGUGAUCGUUCUGAAUAGCCCCCUCGCACUCUCUAUCAAGAGCGUGGCGUCUGUCAUUCCCUCCUUUGGAGCGGUCAUCGUAAAAGUGCUUCGUCCUUGGGACGAGACGGCUCUUCGCAAGGUGGUUCCUACAUCCGUCCAGAACGUCCACGUCCUCGAUCACGCCACAUCAAGCACCUCCUUCGCGCCACUAUUCCAUGAUGUGCUCGGAGGACUUUCGCAGAGCAGCUCUAAGAGCGCUCCUCGAGUCUCGAGCGUACGCAUCGAUGUCCCGACUCUAGGUCAGCUCCUCGUCUCAGCACAGUCGCUCGUAGGGUACCUCAGCAGCAUCAUUCCCAUUAAUUGGUUUGCUCCCCCGCAAAUUCCAGCACGGAACACGAAGCGCAUCGUCUUCUACUCAAACCCCACGACCUCGCUGAAAGAUGCUCCCACCAUUUCAUCCCAACUUUACCUUACCAGCCCAAAACUCGAUGCACAUCUGCUCCAAGAGACGGAUGCAUUCUCAAAGCCGGGAGGGACCACGAGAAGCACGCUCAUCGUCGGCGCUGCACGGGAAGCACAGAGCAGUAUCCCCAUCCCAUUCGAAGUUGGCCAAGGUCCAGAGGUUGAUGCUCUGGUCAUACUUGACGCUUCACUUCUGAAAUCUCAUGAUCUGUUCUCAAGCGUAAAGGAAGGUGCACCUGUCCUCAUCGUUUCACCUUGGAACGCGGACGAGAUCAUUUCCAAUCUCUCCUCUACAAACAAGGAGAACAUCUCACUGAAAAAGCCGCAUUUACUCCUGCUGGAUACAGAAGGCUUGUCAAAAGAGUUGAAAGACUUCAGCUUGGAGGCACCACUUGUUGCUUCCUCGUUCCUUCGACUCUAUCUCGGCCAAACCGCCACACUGGAGACAGUAACAUCCCUCUCGAAGGCGUUGUUUGGCAAAGAAAUCAACACAUUACCAGUCGAUCAAGUCGCUCGAGCUGCAUGGGACGCGCUCAAGGCAGUGAACAUCCCCGUGGGUGGAUUUCCUGCCGACGAGAAAUUUAUACCGUCCAAGGGGUUCUCCUUCAAUACAAUCUCGCCAUCCCCUACCAACGAGUCGACUGUGACAACUAUCAGGUCUUCCCCCUGGCUCGAGGCUGGCAAGCUUCUCCUCUUCAAGGAAGCCUUUGCACCGGCACCCGAGCCUGUCACAGCCGGGCAGUAUGCACAGGUGUCAGCACUUCGUCCCGACAUUGCAGAGCGCCGCUUCCUCGUCACUUGCACCGUCAAUCGCCGCCUCACCCCUCUGGAAUACAACCGCAAUGUGUUCCACCUCGAGUUUGACACGAGCAAUACGGGUUUGAAAUACGAAAUUGGAGAGGCAUUGGGUGUACAUGGGUGGAAUGACACUCAAGAAGUGCUGGACUUUUGUGCUUGGUAUGGGCUCAACCCAGGAGAUGUCAUUUCGAUCCCUGUCGCCGGAGAGCCGGGUAAACGACACGUUCGGACCAUAUUCCAGGCAUUCCAACAGCAAAUCGAUAUAUUUGGCAAACCACCAAAGGGUUUCUACGAGAUACUCUCCGGACAUGCCACGGCACGAGAGGAUCGGAUGGCAUUGAGAUUCAUCUCCGCUGCCGAGGGAUCGAGCACAUUCAAAAAGCUCAGUGAACUCGAAACUGUCACGUUUGCAGACGUCCUGCGCAAGUUCCCGAGCGCGCGUCCACCGGUCGAAGUCCUCUGCGAAAUUGUUGGGGACAUAAAACCUCGUCAUUACAGUAUCGCGAGCGCGCAGAGCGCGGUGGGCGAUCGUGUAGACUUGCUGGUCGUCACUGUCGACUGGGUCACUCCAUCCGGUUCUCCACGCUAUGGUCAAUGCACCCGGUAUCUCGCUGCACUCAAGCCUGGCCAAAAGGUAACAGUGUCGAUCAAACCCAGCGUGAUGAAGCUCCCUCCGGAUAAUAUGCAGCCUAUCAUCAUGGCUGGAUUAGGUACUGGUGCUGCUCCGUUCCGCGCCUUUAUGCAACACCGUGCACUCCUCGCAUCGAAAAAGGUUCCUGUUGGACCAAUGCUGUACUACUUUGGAUCUCGCCACCGAUCCGAGGAAUAUCUCUACGGAGAAGAGAUUGAGGCAUUCUUACAGGACGGCGUGAUCACACAUGCAGGACUCGCCUUUUCGCGUGAUGAGAAGCGAAAGGUGUACAUUCAGCACAAAAUGCUCCAAGACGGGCAGAUGCUCUCCGACAUGCUCGGCGAGAAAAAGGGACAAAGGGGCGUUUUCUAUCUAUGCGGUCCUACAUGGCCGGUUCCAGAUGUCUUUGAGGCGAUCGUGGGUGCACUAGUGGAAUAUGAUGGACUGGAACGAUCUGCAGCGGAGCAGUACAUCGAAGACCUCAAGGAGGAAGAACGCUAUGUAUUGGAGGUGUACUAA